GGCGGGACUUGAUUGUUUCACAACACACCGAUAAGCGCCGCGACGGGUUUCAUAGACUGAUUCAGAUAUGACCACAACAUCUGCAUAAGAAGCAUCACAGCUAACUGAGGAUGAAGGGUCUUUACCUGGUGGAGCCGGUAGUGGCUCUGUACGCCUUCUCCACGUACCUCACCUACCCUCUGAUGCAGCAGUAUGUGUACAGGCGCCUCUGGCAUGACUUGACCAACGGCACCUAUCCCAUCUCGGACAACACAUCCACCUGUGCAGCAAACAAGAGCAGCACUGACAACAACCAGUCCAUCUACUUUGAGGAGGUGCAGCAGCAAGCCUCCCUCUUCUCUCUCUACUCGGAGGUCCUGUCCGCCAUCCCCUCCCUGGUGGUCACACUCAUGGUGGUGGCCUACAGCGACCGGGGUGGGCGGAAGUUGGCCAUCAUCCUGCCCCUGGUCGGCACGCUGGCGUACACCCUGGCCCUCCUGUCCGUCUCCUACUUCGAGCUCAACGUCUACAUCCUGGUGGGCUGUACGCUUAUCUCUGCUCUAUGCGGGGGCCUGGGCACCUUCUUGGGGGGCUGCUUUGCCUACAUCGCUGACCUGAGCGAGGAUGGCCAGCAGAAGACGUUGCGUAUUGCCGGGCUGGACUCGAUGAUUGGCCUGUUGUCGGGCGUGGCCGCCCUGUCGACGGGCUACUUCCUGAAGGCGGCGGGCUUCAACUGGCCCUUCCUGACCUCCGCUUUGUGUCAAGUGCUCAUCCUGCUGUAUGCCAUCUUCAUCCUGGAGGAGACAGUCAAGCAGCCUCCCCCCGACGCCGCCAAUCCGGACAGGUCCCAGCAGCGCUCGGCCAUGCAGCAGAUGUUCUACGGGGUCUACCAGAUGUUUGCGGGGGCCAGCCCCAAACGCAGGGCGUUACUGAUCAUCCUGAUGUUGAUCUUCAACAGCUUCUGCUUCACCUACAUUGGCGGGAGCUCCCUUUUUGUGCUCUAUGUGCUCAACGAGCCGCUGUGCUGGACCGAGAUCCUGAUUGGCUAUGGCACAGCUUUGUCCACCUGCGUCUUCCUGUCCAGCUUUAUGGGCGUGGUGGCCUUCACGUACUGCGGCACGCCUCAGCUGCUGAUGUUGCUGAUGGGCAUCCUGUCUGUGGUCACGGGCAUGGUCAUGAUGGCGUUCUCCAAAACAACGCUAAUGGUAUUUCUAGCGAGGGUGUCAAUGCUCCUGUCCAUCAUGCCGUACGCUGUGCUGCGGUCCAUGAUGUCAAAGAUCAUCCCCAAAUCGGAGCAGGGCGCCCUGUUCGCCUGCCUGUCCUUUGUGGAGGUGCUCACGGCCAACGUGUCGGGGGCUGUCUUCAACAGCUUGUACGCGGCCACGGUGGCGUGGUAUCCUGGUUUCAGCUUCUUGCUGUCCGCGGGACUCUGCUUAAUCCCCAUGUUGCUGCUCGGGGUGGUGUGUGUGAUCGGAGUGGACGUGGCCAAUGAGGACCUGGGACCAGAGACUUCCCAAGGAGACAAGCAGACAUCUGAAGACCAGAACGACCUCAGUCCGCUGCUAACCUGACGACCCCCACCCCCACUCCCUGGCUAAUGUCAAAGGCUGCACCUGUCUGCACUGUGCUUUGGAGAACAAGUGACUGUAGGCAGACAGGUUCUGCAUCCUCAGGCUAUUAUUAAUAUCUAUUACUACAUUCAGAUACUUCCGGGUGGCCCAGCUGCGGCUUCACGGUCAUGUGGCAUUCAACAUGAAAUGCAAAAAGGGAGACAAAUGUGUUAUUUGUGUUAUUUAUGCAGUGGGUGCUCCCUCAGGGAAAUUAGGGUGCCCCCGCAAUAGGAAUAAUCAUUUCAUAAGAACAAAAUGAGUUUGUUUUUUAAUGAAAAUGUAAUCAAAGUAUUUUAACUUACUAUUUUAAUGCCAAUGUGUGUAAAGUUCCAUGCAGCGUGUUACAGUUGUCUGUCUGUAUGUUUGUGUGGGGAAAAAAACAUGUGAUCUUUCCUGUAGAGACACUCAAGCAUUGUUUCUUUUAAAAAUACACUCAUUUGUCUUCAAACAAACCGAUGUCUUUGCAGAUUAAAAAAGAGAAACAAAACAAAAGAAAGAAUGAAUUUGCAAGGUUGGGAAAUAUUUGUUAAAAAAAUAAAAGUCAUACAUUUUGCAAAAAGAAAGUCAUAAGACUAAAAUACAUAAACUUCAUAUAUUAAAGAAAAAAAUACUUUUUUUAAUGCUCUUAUAUGAGAAACAAAACAAAGAAUAAAGUUGCAGUUUUGGGAAAAUUAGUUUGGGAAAAAGUCAUAAUAUUAAGAGAAAAAAGAUACGUAAAGUUGUUUCAACAUAAAGUUUAAAUAUUAAAGAAGAAAAAAAACAUUGUUUUAAAGUUGUAAUAUUAGGUGACACACAAAACAAAAAAAGUUGCAAAUUUGGAAAAAUUAGGUUGCGGAAAAGUUAAAAUAUUAUUAAAACAAAGUCAAAAUAUGGUUUAUGAACAUUAUAAAACAAAAAAAUGUAAAAGUUAAAAUAUUUGGGAAACAAAAAACAGGAUAACUGGAAAAAAUGAGCAACAAAUAAGAAGAAAAAGUUAAUAUUAAUACUUUAAUAUGCUUUUUUCACCGAUAUUACAAAGCAGGCUGCAGGUUGUUUUUUUCUUUAAAUACUGUAUAUAAAACGUAUAUAUCUACAUGGAUUAGUUUACAUUACAGUGCCUCUCAAAUAGUGGGGAGGCC